AUGCCUACCAGUAUACCCUCAACAGGUUCCUUCAAGAGGGAUGGCCCCUACACGGCGCCUUCCAAGGCCUGCCUUCUCUCUCCACUCCCGGAGGAUGAGGGGGCCACAGAUGUGCGUCACCCCUCUCUACACAGCGCACCCUCUCCUGGUCGCUCUCACCAUCGCAACCGCCCUUUUUCCCUCACAGUGACGCAGACCGUACGAACCACGACCCCAUCAACCUCUACCGUCAUCAGUACGCGGAAAACAACACCAACCACCUCUGCCUCCACCACGGCCAAGACCACUGUGUCCACAGAGUCCCGCCCAACCACCACGACUCCAACCACCUUGAGAAGUACAACGCUCACCCCAACCAGCACCUCGGAGGCUACCACCCCAGGCGUCAGGACCUCCCAAACCUCCACGCCGACAGCCGCUACCCCUGCCACUUCCUCCACCACCUCCACCACAACUGCCAAGCCAACCACUACGCCCACCACCGUGACGCUGACAACCACCGCCCCGCUCACGACCUCCACGCUGCACACAACCUUGGAGUCCACCACCUCGCACAUCACUACCCCCACCACCACCAAAAGCACCACUGCGACUGUGGUUAUCCCCACCACAACAUCUACUGAGUCUACCACAACUGCCAUGCCGACAGCUACGCCCACCACCAUGGCUGUGACCACCUCCACGACUGCAGUGACCUCAGCCUCUAAGACCAUCCUCACACACACCCGGACUACAACCACCACAAAAACCACGACUCAGACACCUUCUACAUCCACCCCUUCCACCAUCUAUAUCGCAACGGUUUCUUCCACAACACCAGGAAAGGGUUUGUUUUUUUAUCUCAUCAACCGAGAUAUUCGCACUGAUGGGACAUCUCUUUCUGGGACCAAGCUCAAAACCUGGAGAACAUGUAAUCAGAACCACUACUCUAAUCACUACUUCUUCCACUGUUUCCAAAACCACCACAGUCACAACAACUAUGCCUACACCAUCAACACCAUCAACUACACCUCCCACUGCCACUGUGACAACAACCCCUAUUUCUACCUCAGUAGUUGUUAUUCCGGUUAG